UUAAACGAUCUUUGCCCUGCCUCUCAUCCUGCAAAAGUCAAGCCUCAUCUCUGCAUUUGAAAACGCCCCAUUGAUUUCAUCAACAGCACUAGAUUAAUCCGUUGGUUUCUUGUCCACACACACCACGCAUGGCCGCUAGCAUAGCAUAGCAUAGAGAUUGAGGCUGCGCCAGUGGUAUAAAAAGCCCGGCUCCUCCAUUGAGAUUGGGCAGAGCAGAGCAGGACCUAGGCUAGAGAGAAGAUCUUUAGCACCGUACUUUGUGAGGAUGAUGGAGGUGGCGGUGGAGAGCCCGCAGCCGGUGGCGUGGGACCAGUUCAGGGAGGAGGUGGAGAUCAUGGAGGAGGAAGGCGGCGGCGCUGCUGCCGCCGUUGCUGCUGCUGCUGCUGCAGGGGAGCUGCUGACCAGGGAGAUCAAGAAGAGGCUGCUGGACCAUGGGAAUGGCCAUGGCCAUGCCAAUGGAGGAGGAGCAGAGGAGCUCAAGGCCGCCGAGGACGAGGAGGAGGCUCCUGAAGACCCCAAGGUUGACAAGCCUCCUCAAGGCCAUGCCAAUGGAGGAGAAGCAGAGGAGGUCAAGCCUCCUCAAGCAGAGGGUGACAAGGAGGAGGAGGCUCCUCCUGAAGAGCCCAAGGUUGCUGAAGAUGAGCAGCAGCAGCGGCACAAGAGUAUCUUCUUCGAUGCAGCCAAAGGGUUAUGGAAGUGCCGGCACUGCGAUUGGACGUACCGCUUGAGUAGUCCGUGUGGAAAUGGUACCGUAGAUCAUCGAGGCUAUCGCCACCAAAUCGAACGGAAUAUCGAAUCGUUAGUUGAGAAGAAAGGAUUGUCUGACGGUUCACCGAACAAAGUUCCUGAUAUUAUUACUCAGGUAAGUGCCAGAUAUCUGGUCACGGGAACGACGCGAUCCGGUCCCGAAAAGGAAGACGCAAACCGAAAUCCGAGUCUGAAAGGCAAAGAGCUUGAAGCACAUGAAAAUGGCAGUGUUCAAGAAAUCAACCAUGGUCCAAGCAACGGCAAGUUAGAAAAUGGAUCGCCUUUGAGCGGCUCACAUCAGGUCCUCAACGGCGCUGAACCUAAGACAGAGUACCUGUUUGAAAUCAACAAGACUGAAAUUUACCCCAGUGAUCAUGUCACCGAGGCUCAACCGAAGGUCGAAGAGUACGACCUCGAGAAGAUUUUGGACCAGCAAGAAACUCAUGACCUGUUCUGUCCCAACUGCAAGUCGUGCAUAACUCGGAGGGUGAUCCUGAAGAAGAGGAAGAGGACAGUAAGAACAACAACAACACCAGAUGGACCGUCAAAGAGACCGUACACUGAAGAAGUGCCACUGCCUUCUGCCACUGAAGUAGAUGAGCAAGAAUCACCCGAAGUGUUCAGAUGUUUGUCAUGCUUCUCCUUCUUCAUUCCAACAGGAUGCAGUUUCAACAUAUUCCGUAUAUUUGGGAGGAGGGAUGUGGGCGGACAACCUGAUGUUCUGCCUCCUCCUGCAUCAAAGGACACGCCUCCUCGCUCUGAAAAUUGCACAAGCUGGCUUCUGUCUUGUUUCCAGCCAGGAGAUAGCCCAAACCAACCUGCUCCUGCUGCUGAUUCAGUGACGGUGCCACUGCUGUCCGGUACACCGAGCUCAGACGAUACAACCACGAUAGCUGAAUCUAGCACAUCAUAUGUUCAUCAUAGUCAUGGCACGGUUGUAAAACCAGAGCAUUUGGCAGUUGAAUCACAUUCAGAGAACCAAGCUACUACAGAUCCAGCGACGAUGCCACUGCAGUCAGUGACACAGAACUCCAAUGAUACAACCACUAAAACUGAAUCCAGCACAUCCUAUGUUCAUCAUAGUCAGGGCACAGUUGCUAACCCAGAGCACUCGACUGUCGAGUCAUCGUCGGGGCAUCAGACCACCACAAUCACCACAACUACAACCACGAAAGCAACUGCUUCAUCAUCCUCCACAAACACAUCGUCUCACACGGCGUCUGCUACAGGUUUCUUCCACACAGACACACUGGAAGUGGUAACCGGUGAAAUGCCUCCCUCAAAGCCUGACGGUGGUGCAAUCCACCACCUACUUGGCCAUGAAGAUGUUCGCAGAACUGCAAUGACUACCUCCGAGAAUGGCUUUACAACCCAUUCAGUUCACACAUCAGGAAUGAAGGUCGAUGGCCCGAAUGUGACGAAUGUCGCGAGGGGCGACAUAUCAACCUCGCCGAUUCCUCAAGCAACAGAUCCACAUCAUUUAGUGGUAUCAGUCCCUGAACAAGUGAAUCCGACUCCUCCUAGACCCCAACAGAGGGAUGACUGGGAUAUACUGAAAGCCAUAGUGUAUGGAGGCUUAGUGGAGUCUGUCACCAGCCUCUCCGUUGUUUCGGCAGCCGCAUCAAGCGGCGCAAAAACAUUGGAUAUAUUCAUCUUGGGCAUGGCCAACCUUAUUGGUGGACUUCCUCUCAUUUUUCACAAUAUCGCUGAUCUGAGAGACAUCCGUGAUGUGGACGGGGGUAACGAGCGAGUCGGACACUACUGGCUGCAGCUAGGAAGGCGGUCGAAAGCCCGGCUGCACAUGAUCCUGGCACUGCUGUCAUACAUCGUGUUCGGGCUACUUCCACCGGUCAUCUACGGGUUGUCGUUCCGCGAGAGCAACGACAGGGAGAACAAGAUGAUGGCCGUCGCCGGUGCUUCGCUCGCCUGCAUCGCUCUGCUGGCACUCGGAAAGGCGCAUGUCAAGACGGCACCCAGGACAUACUUCAAGACCCUCAUGUACUACCUGACCAUCGCCGUGAGCUCGUCGGGGCUGUCGUACGUCGCCGGGGUGCUGAUCACGCGGCUCCUGGAGCACUUUGGUGUGAUCGAGCAAGGCGCGUCGGCUGCUCCUGCUCCUCCAGGCAUGUCGUUCCCUCAUUCAGUGGGUGCUCAGACAUCUGCAUGGGCAUCAUUCUGAAGUCUGAUGUCUGAAACUUUGAAGUUCAUGGGAACAUUCCUGCAAAAAAAGGAAGACAUGUAUGAGUAGUCCAAAGAGCAAGUGCCUGAAGAUAUGCAGGGGGUGCAGCCUGAACAUCUUCCUGCACAUCAAGAUGGUAGAAACAUACACAAAGUUGUACUAGGGUGAGCCACUUAUUUUUGGACGGAGGGUGUACAACAUAAUUACAACAGAUGUCUCGCUGAGCUUCGUAUUUAUUUUUCAGUAAUUUAAUAUUCCGUAAUGGAAA